ACUCCGGGCUGAAGCAACCCUCUCUCCGUCCUUCACAGACAUCAGGAAGCCAAGAUGGCGGCCGCCGUAGUGAGGAGUCUCGGCUCCAGUUUGGGUAAAAACCUCCGAGAGAUCCGCGUCCACCUCUGCCAGACCUCCGCGGCCAGCAAGGGGGCCAGAGACUUUGUGGAGCAGCACUACGUGAGCCUGAAGAAGUCCAACCCAGACUUCCCGAUCCUGAUCAGAGAAUGUUCUGGAGUCCAGGCCCGAGUCUGGGCCCGAUACGAGUUCGGUAAAGAGAGCAGCGUCUCGGUGGACAACAUGUCAGCUGAUCAGGUGGCCAAAGCUCUACAGACUCUGGUUCAGUCCAAACCUUAAACCCCCGUCUCCGCUGGAAGUGGUUCAGUCCGGAUCGACUCACCUGCUUCAUUCAUUCAGUUUGUGUGUAAAUGUGUUGAUAUGAAUAAACCUCAGUUAUUAAUGUCA